AUGAACCGCCGUGUCAGAAGGUCAUCAUCGAAGGCCAACUCAAGCUAUCUCCGGUACCUGAAACCAGGCGCUCUGGCUCAACUCCGAGACUCACGAAUCAGUGCUAGAACUCACCGAAUUGACCCAAAAGCUCAGAUUUUACUUUACCGUACGCCUUCACCUUUGCCCUCUCCUGUACGGUCCGCAAACUCUGUUCAAACACAGAUCGACGGCGUGCCUUGCUUUUCCGGGAGGGUCUAUGGCCUACGAUGCCCACAGAGGAAAAGGGUCGUGGCGGCCAAGGCUGUGUUCUUUCUGAGCUCUGCUCCUUCAAGUCCGGUCUCGGACUCGCCUGAUCCGAUUAUCGAUUUGUUCAGCACUGACAUUCUUGUGGCUCAUUGAAUGAACUGGUUCAACCCGUGAUAAGACUUUGUUUCUUACUCAUUUGUAGAUUAAUUUC